CACACACACACACACACACACACACACACACACACACACACACACACACACACACACACACACACAUACACAUUGAAUGUUGACUGCUGACAGGUGGGAGAUGCUCUGUUCUCAUGUGCUCAGUUGAAAUUGAGCAGCUGAUGUCCCGGUCUCUGCAGAGAGGCCAAUCAGUCCAAUCAGAGGGUUAAAAAUAUGCACCUGAUUAUCUGAAGGGACGGAGUGUUAGCUCUGAUUAAUAGAGCUGUGUUCAGGCUUGCACAGCGUCUAAGGGUGCAUGAAAGUGUCUACAUGCUCAUUUCAAGCUGCUUGAUCUGGCACACGUGAAAGCAGCAUAACCAGCGUUCACACUUCUUAUAACUGGGCUCAUGAGUUUCUGAAUAUAGCUCGAGUCUGGAGCUUUUGUUCUUUUUAGGGUGCUGCAAAGCUGGAGAAACAUAUACUGUAUAUGACAUGAUAUGAUAUAUGUAAUUCAGUUGUUGUUGUUUUUCAGGAUGUAAUAUGCAGAAAUACAAAUGAGUUGUAGAAGGACUUGAACUACAGAAUAGCUGAAUAUCAAACAGAAUAUUUCUAUACAUUCUCUAAAAAUAACCCUAAAUACAGUAUCAGUUGCGCCAUCAUUAUCUUUGCCCUUCACCACUAAUUAUUAACAUUGCUGCUCCUGUUUUGGCCACUUAUUUAUAAUAGCACAGUGCUGUUAAAUUCUUGAAUCUAAUUAAUUCCAUUGCUGUGGAAUAAGAGGAAUAAUCAUAAUCAUAAUCAGAGUAUAAAAGCACACUGACACACACACACACACACACACACACACAGUUUUUAUUAUAGGUCUGUGGUUUCACAGCAUGCCCUCAACACUCCCCAAGAAUUUGUGUCCUUUACAAAAUAGGUUAUUUAAUCCAAGCUGCCUACCAUGUCACUUUAUCUGUAUACAGUAUGUGAGUGAAAGAAAGAAUAAGGACAGAGGGUAUGUCCUGGGAUCUUAAGGCCCCUGCAGCAUUUGCGGCUUACUAGGCUUGAUAUAUUAGAUCAUAUUCCCUUUAGACCUUUGAAACACAGACACCAGAGUAAAGAAUUGCUUCACAUUGAGCCAGCUGAACAUAAAAGUGCCAGUGGUGGCUUAACUUCUUUAGGUGCAUGAAGAACUGUAUACUUUGCUAAUAUAUUGUAUCAUAAAACAGCAAAGGGGCUGGGCUUGAUAAUUUAGGAGUUUUUAAAUUAAAAAAAUGCAUGCAUCAGGAAUAUUUCUGUAAAGAAUAGGAUUAUUAAAUUAAACUAGGAUGUUGUUUCCAUUCAAAUCAAGUAUAUUUGCUUUAGCCAAGAUGGACUGAACAGCAGUCUAUAAUAAACUAUGGCAGACGUAUUCAAACUUUUUCCCCAUGAGACACAAUUGCCCCAUCAACCCCCUCCACGCAAAAUGCAGAAAAGUUAUUUAUUUUUGGUAUUUUUCCAUCUCACCCCACACCUCAGUUCCACCCCCACAGUUUUAAUACCUCUAAACCUAGUUGCAGACAUGGCAAGUCAAAAUACAAACAUGACACCAAUUGAGUUUGGGAUAUGUCCAACAGCAAGGUUGUCAGAAGUCAUCAGAAAAAAAACGAACAACGUUUCUAUUUAAGUUAGCUUAUCUCCAGCAAUACGUAUGAUGAGCGGAGAUUCUCCUUCCUUUUGCCCCACAGAGUAAUGCCUCACAUUGCCUUAUUAAUGAUUGAUAAUGCAUCGUUUUAAUGAUUUGUCCAAAACCAAUAAUCUAAUACUCUCAAAUGGCAGACAUUUAUGACUCUUGAUGGCUUUAUUUAUAAGUUUUGACCCAUUUCACCCCCAACCCCCAAACUGCUUUAUCUUUUACCAUGGCCUUUUACUGUCUGUAGGCAUGCAAUGUCUAACAGCAAUCCUUGAGUGUUUCUCAUCACCAUAAUCAGCUUCUAAGAUUUGCACUGCCAUGUGCUAUGGAUAACGUUGUAAAAAUAGCCCAUCCUGCAUUUGGGAUGAUCCAGUCUCUAAUGCCCCGUCUUUGUCAACACUGUUGACAUCUCAGCCAUUCAGUGGCAAGCAGAGUUCAGUUGGACUCUGGUAUAAAAGGUGUUGGUGUGUGUGUGGAUCUGAAUGUGUAUAACAACGCUAAAUUCUGUACAAGUUCAUCACAGCCAGUAUUGCACCAAACAAGAAGCUCAGGAUUGAGAGGGAGCGACCACAGUGUGGUAAUGGAGGAGCAGGUAGUGGAAAGGAAAGAGGGAUUGGACUGCACAGAGGUUCCAGACAAGGUUUUUUUGGGAGAUGUGGAGACCUACAAGGUUCUACAAAGAGGAGUGGACGAGGGCAAGGUUCUGGAGGGUACUCUAGAUUUUGGGGAGGAUCAGACUAAGGUACUGGAGAACAGUGUUUACAUGGGCAAAGCUCAAAUUCUUAAAGGGGUGGGAGUGGAUCAAUUUCAACAUGAGAUGUCAAGUAAUAUCAUGGGCAUGGUUCAAAAUGAGGUUCUGGAUGGCAAUAUGGAUGUUGUCAAGGUCUAUACUGUGGUUCUAGAGGGUGGUUCUGACAAAGAUGAUGCAAUUCAUGGCAAUAUUCUGGAGGAUAGUAUGGAUAUGGAGGUUCAAUACAAAGUUUUGGAUGGUGGAAUAGAUGUGAACAAAGUUGAAGACAAGUUUUUCAUGAGUGGUGUUGAAGUUGACAAGUAUUUGGAGGGGGGUCUGGACAUGGACAAAGUUCAGUGCAGAGUUCUGGAGUGCAGAAUGAAUGCAGACAAGCUUCAAGACAAAUUUCUGAAAGGUGGUGUGGAGAUAGGCAAGUUUCAAGACAAGGUUCUGAAGGGCGAUGUGCAUCACCUAGUGGAAGACAAUUUUCUAAAGAAGAAUGUCAAUGUGGAUAAGAUUUAUGGCACUGUAAAUAUGGAAAAGGUUAUAGAUGACGUUCUAGAGGAUGCUGUAGCCAUGGAUAUGGUACAAAACAGGAUGGAAGAUGGUGUUGACGUGGACAAUACUCUAGAUGAGGUUCUGAAGUGCAGUGUGAACAUUAACAUAAAUGAGAAUGGUGUAGAUUUGAAGGAGGCUCAUGACAUGGUCCAUGAGGACAGGGUGGAUGUGAAGGGGAAUUUGAAUGCCCAGGAACGGUUUGAUACCCUGCGCUGCCAGGUGAGGAUCAUCACACGGCACAACCUGAGGCUGCACAUGGCCAAUCACACGACUCGGGAUGUGUAUGUGAGGCUGCUCGGCCAUGGGGAACGAAUCACAGGAAGUGGUAAGGAAGCAUAUGAUGAUCAUGAGGAAGACAAUCUCUUACUGGUGUGAUCAGUGUUGAUUUCUAUUAGCUUGGAAAUAAACUCCUACUCGGGUAUUAUUUGUUUUCUUUAGGUGCAGCGUGAACAUGAUACCAUUGUAAAGUUAGUAAAGUAGUUACAAAAAUGUAUCAAAAAUGUAUGGUCUAUGAAAGGUUACAGCAAAUAUGGGGGUUUUGGAUUGAUGAGUUUUAGAAGUACAAGACGUUUUAGUGCUUUUCCAGUGCUAAGCAAGUGCCUAGUCAUAAUCUCUCUCUUCAGACUUCUUAAAUAAUAGUUAGCAAGUGGGCAAAAGAAAGACGCCAAUGUCAACCCUUGAAUUGCCUUUGCCGAAAAACCGACUGAACGGCAGCUGUUCCUUUUCUUUAAUGGCCCAUUCAUGUCCUCGCAGAAAGUCGCCCACACACACUUGGUCUUUGUUGACUCUUACUGUUGCCAUGACACCAAUCAGCGAUGGACUGCUGACUCUCCUCCUCCUGCUGUGUUCAAAUAUGUGUAUGUCUUUCCUGGUUUGUGUCGCUAUGGUGACAGGUUCUCUCUUGUGUUCCGAUCUUGACUUCUCUGUAAUGCAACGUUACAGUGAGAAUGACCCCAUUUAGUGGGAUUGAUAUUACAUUUGCUCUUUAAGCUCUCAAAUGCAGAUGAAACACUACGAUCUUCUUAUAAUGACUUACAGUUUAUUAUAUCCUCUUAAGCCUUAAAGCGAUAUUUCUUUCAUUUAUACAGUAAGACAGAUGAUUGGAUAUUUUAAAUACGUUAAAAGAGUAAUGCUAUUAUGUCAUUUUCUUAUACUAUAUCUCUUACCGUAUAAAAUUUUGAAAUAUGGUUCCCGGAACAAUAACAUGGUGUGUAUGAGAGAGAGAGAAGUCGUUGUGGUGAUGAUGUCACUGAUGACUUAGUCAGGAGACUUGUUUUAAUCCGCACUUGCCCGACAGCUGGGUCUAUUUUUACACUGGUGUUACCCAGAGGGUACAAGCUAAAGCCUUGUUUCUCGCACACACAUACACAUUGUGUUUACAUCUUUCAGUUUUAAGAUGAAUUACCUAUGAAUUAUUCUUUAAUUCAUUUGUAAUCAGUUUUGACCCCAUUUUCUCCAAAAUUGUCAAGAUUGCCAUCCACUAGCAAGGUUUCCACAUAAUAUAACCGUUUUUGUGAUUGUGUCGCAUCCAAAAAUGGUUGAUUUUACUGCAGCUUUUUCAUUUUUCUUUUAAACUCCUACCAGUGAAGACACAUACUGUACUGUAUGUAAUUAUUUUGUGUGAUUGCUGUACUCCUGUUCAAAGCACAUGAAUCGAAGAUGGCUCGGAUUGAACGUGAGUGUUAAAACAUCUUGAUAAAGUGCAAGCUCCUCCAAAUAUUGUGGACUUUGCUUGAUUAAUUGUGAGCAUUUUUGCAGUCGUAAAAUCUUGACGUCCUGGAAGGACUUCACAACUCAUUAUGUGCAUAUCUGUACACAUAGUUUACACAUCAUUAUUUUUGUAAAUUGAUUGUCUUAUCAUCAUUUCAUGCAUUUUAGACUCGUGUAUUUGCUCUGAUAAAAAUGGUCAUUAUGUUACUGCUGAUAAGUUUUUGUUGUUGUCAGUGAUGUAUUUCUGUUCUU